GCCUACACUCGCUCCAAGAAACUGAAGGUAGAGAACAGUGUGUGGGAUGUGAACAGCCAGGUGGGAGACAACAACAACAACAGUUACUACCAGCAGCAGGUCUCCAGCCAGGGCAAUGGAAACACAUCCUCCCCCUCUGCAUCAAGUUUCAACCCAGCAUACAACUUCUCCAACUCCAACCGGGGGUAUCCAUCAACGGGGGCAGGCUCCCGGGAGCUGACGGUCGUACGGGCGGCAGACAGCACCGGCAGCGUCCGAGGACCCCCUUCCUCUUCAUCUUCCUCCUCCUCCACCAGUUGCCUUGUCAAAGAUGCUGCAUACUCCUCCCAGCCAGGCGACCUAUACCAAAAGCAGUACGGUAACAGCGUGAAGAGGAAGAGUGAGGAGGUGGACAGCAGUGACAGUGUUCAGAUCCUGGAGGAGCUCUCUGCCCCUGUGCUCUCCAACCGCACAGCCGCUGGUGGGGGAACCACCACAGCCCAGUCCAUAGCACAUUCCACCUCCACCACAAAGAGUAGUAACUCUCACAGUGAAGGGGACUACCAGCUAGUGCAGCAUGAGAUCCUGUGCUCUGUGACCAACAGUUAUGAGGUGCUGGAGUUUCUAGGGAGAGGUACAUUUGGUCAGGUGGCUAAAUGCUGGAAGCGUGGCACUAAUGAGAUUGUGGCCAUCAAGAUCUUGAAGAAUCAUCCCUCAUAUGUCCGGCAAGGUCAAAUUGAGGUUAGUGUUGUAUCACUAAGCAAAAGUGACUUUCUUGUAAGCUUGAACCAAAUCAAUAAGGAUAUCUGGUCAGAGCUUCAAUUGAAUUUGUCAAUUGUAACAAUACCAUGCAUACGUACAUUUUGUAAAAGUUUGGGGAGGAGAAAUAAUAAUAAUGUAACAUCUAUCUGCCCUUCUCCACUCUCCAGGUGAGUAUCCUGAGCAGACUGAGCACUGAGAAUGCUGACGAGUUCAACUUUGUGCGUUCCUACGAGUGUUUCCAACACAAGAACCACACCUGCCUGGUGUUUGAGAUGCUGGAGCAGAACCUCUAUGACUUCCUGAAACACAGCAAGUUCAGUCCGCUGCUACUCAAGUCCAUCCGGCCUGUGCUGCAGCAGGUACGAUACAGUACAACAUAUGCUUUAUUAUCCAUAUGGGGAAAAUAGUCUUGAACACUUUUUCAGUACUGCUGACUGUAUGCAAAAUAACACAAUACAUUUUGCAUUACCCACUAGACACAUACACUGAUACACAAUACAUAUAUUGCACGUUACCCAUAUCAUACACAUAUUGUACAGCCACAUACAUAAUAUAUAGACUCUCCUAUGUAUUUAUUUGGACAGUGAAGCUACAACUUUUAAUUUGGCUCUAUACUCCAGUACAGAAUGUCACCCAUUUAUUUUUGAGGAUAUUUUAAUAUCUGUUUUACUGUCUAAAAAUGAAUGCACUUUAUGUAUCUAGUCCCCCCAUUUGAAGGUGUCAUAAGUAUUUGGACAAGUUCACUUAUAGUGUAUUAUAUUUAGUCAGAAGUUUAGUAUAUGGUCCCAUAUUCCUGGCACGAAAUGACUACAUCAAGCUUGUGACUCUACAAACUUGUUGUAUGCAUUUGCAAUUCAUCCAUAAUCAUGGUAGCAUCCACAUUAAUGUAGAAGUGUUCAGAAAUACAUUGUAUUCUUAUUUACAAUAUGUGACUCUGAAAUGACACUGCAUUAUUUACUUUUCAUUUCUAUUGGGCACAACAUAAUCUGAAACACAACCAAAACAAACAGCAAAAGCAUCCACAAGUUUGUAGGCACAAGCUUGAUGUAGUCAUUGCAAGAUAGGAAUAUGGGACCAAAUACUAAACUUUUGACUAAAUGUAAUACACUAUAAGUGAAUUUGUCCAAAUACGUAUGACACCUUCAAAUGGGGGUACUAGAUAUAUAAAGUGCAUUCAAUUCUAAACGGUUAAACAGAUAUGUAUGAAAAUACGCUCAAAUAAAAGGUGACAUUCUGUACUGUGCCUCAUAUAAAACAUUUGAUCUCAAAUCCAAGAUGCUGGAGUAUAGAGCCAAAUUAAAAGUUUUAGCUUCACUGUCCAAAUAAAUACGUAGGGGAGUGUAUAUUUUACAUUGCCUCGUGUGUCAUCAGGUGGCCACGGCCCUGAUGAAGCUGAAGAGCCUAGGUCUGAUCCAUGCUGACCUGAAGCCAGAGAACAUCAUGCUGGUAGAUCCUCUCAGACAGCCCUACAGGGUCAAGGUCAUCGACUUCGGCUCUGCCAGCCACGUCUCCAAGGCAGUGUGUUCCACCUACCUGCAGUCCCGCUACUACCGGUGAGUGUCUGACUGUCUCAUGGUGAGGUACAAGCAUCGAAAUAUCAUUACUGGAACGAGCAAAGCCCCUCAGACCACUGCAAUUUACUUAAAUGGGGGAUGCUAGUUUUAGCAAUUAUAUUUCUAUGGGCACAAUCUGGACAAGUCCCAGUAGCCAUGGAGGAUGUAUUGCAGGCUCAGUGUGCUACUAUGGACAUGUCCAAUGGUUUGUGUGUGUUAUUUAUUAUUAUUAUUACAGGGCGCCAGAGAUCAUCCUGGGCCUUCCCUUCUGUGAAGCGAUCGACAUGUGGUCUCUGGGCUGUGUCAUUGCUGAACUGUUCUUGGGUUGGCCUCUUUAUCCUGGUGCCUCAGAGUAUGGUCAGGUCAGCAGCAACUCUUCUACCUUCAGUGAGACAAUACACUGUCAUCCAUCAUUGACAUGUAUUUGUUUCUUUCAUUUUGUAGUAAUACAGUAUUAUAUUUUAUCUAGCAUUUUAUACAGUAUUGUCUUUAAUACAAUGUGUGUUUGUGCCCUGUCUCUGAUUUGCGUUUCCCUUGGCUGCAUCAGAUCCGGUACAUUUCCCAGACCCAGGGCCUGCCUGCUGAGUACCUCCUGAGUGCAGGCACAAAGACCAGCCGCUUCUUCAACAGAGGCCCUGACUCCAGCUACCCCCUCUGGAGGCUCAAGGUACAGUAUGUGGCAACAGAACAUCUCCGGGUUUUUGAUAUGUGCAUAUUUUAUUCAUGAGUGUAGCUAGGCCUAUAUUAUACAGUAUUUUUGGUAGCAUGUUAUUACUAGUUGUAACUAGUUUCCACUUUAUUACCAUAUUAUUACCCCCUUAUUCUGUGCAGUAAUGUAAAGUGCUACUGUACGUAAUAGUUUUCUGCUGUAUUUUGUUUUUGUCUGUAGACACCUUCAGAGCAUGAGGCAGAGCUGGGGAUAAAGUCAAAGGAGGCGAGGAAAUACAUUUUCAACUGUUUGGAUGAUAUGAUGCAGGUGAGGGUGAACAGGUUACCAUUCAUUCUAUUAAAUCCCUCACUCCUGUCAUUGAUGUCUUAAUGUUUUUGUAUUAUUCUUAUAAAUUGGUUUGUUUCAUAUCAUAAAUGUAUUUGAUUUCUUCAGAGGAGACUUAAUAUUUAAAUGUUUACAUUUUAGUCAUUUAGCAGACAAUCUUAGCCAGAGAAACCAACUUUCUGUGUGCUGUUGCAGGUGAACAUGACUAGUCUGGUGGGGACUGACGUCCUGGCAGAGAAGGCUGACCGGAGAGAGUUUAUUGAUCUGCUAAAGAAGAUGCUGACGCUGGACGCAGACAAACGCAUCACCCCCAUGAAGACCCUCAACCACCCCUUCGUCACCAUGACACACCUGCUGCACUUCCCUCACAGCUCACAGUAAGUAGAGGAUAGUCAGGACUAUUGUAUUGUGGCAUUUAUUUCAAAUGCAAUUUAUAGGAUGAGUACAAAUGGGUUCGUUUCCCACGGGGGGCCAGUAUGAAAAUGUAUGCACUCACUAACUGUAAGUCGCUCAGGAUAAGAGUGUCUGCUAAAUGACUAAAAUGUAAAUGUAACCUUGUAAGCUACCUAGGUAUAACUAACUAGCUAGCAUAUUAUUGACCUAAAAGGUUAGCUGUGUUAGCCCAGUCGCUAUCUUAUCCAGGGUCAGUGAUACAUACUUAGAGCAACCAUGUGCUGUCUAUCUAUGGGAACUGCAAUAAUUUUGAUAAACAUUGCUAGAAUGAAUGAAAUAAAAUGAACCUCAUAAAAUGUUACCUGAAAUGCUAAUCUCCUGUAGUCUAAUUGUCAUCUCCUUAUUUUCAUCCUGUACCUAAAUUACAAGGGUUGGAUAUGCGCAAAAUUGUAUAUGUUAGCACUUAAAAGGCAUGUACAAAAUAUCAAGUUUCAGGAGAAGACCCAGAUGUUUGACAGUGUCGAAGCAACAAAAAUGUACACUGCUCAAAAAAGGGAACACUAAAAUAACACAUCCUAGAACUGAAUGAAUGAAAUAAUCUUAUUAAAUACUUUUUUCUUUACAUAGUUGAAUGUGCUGACAACAAAAUCACACAAAAAUUAUCAAUGGAAAUCAAAUUUAUCAACCCAUGGAGGUCUGGAGUUGUCGUCACCCUCAAAAUUAAAGUGGAAAACCACACUACAGGCUGAUCCAACUUUGAUGUAAUGUCCUUAAAACAAGUCAAUGAGGCUCAGUAGUGUGUGUGGCCUCCACGUGCCUGUAUGACCUCCCUACAACGACUGGGCAUGCUCCUGAUGAGGUGGCGGAUGGUCUCCUGAGGGAUCUCCUCCCAGACCUGGACUAAAGCAUCCGCCAACUCCUGGACAGUCUGUGGUGCAACGUGGCGUUGGUGGAUGGAGCGAGACAUGAUGUCCCAGAUGUGCUCAAUUAGAUUCAGGUCUGGGGAACGGGCGGUCCAUAGCAUCAAUGCCUUCCUCUUGCAGGAACUGCUGACACACUCCAGCCACAUGAGGUCAAGCAUUGUCUUGCAUUAGGAGGAACCCAGGGCCAACCGCACCAGCAUAUGGUCUCACAAGGGGUCUGAGGAUCUCAUAUCGAUACCUAAUGGCAAUCAGGCUACCUCUGGCGAGCACAUUGAGGGCUGUGCGUCCCCCCAAAGAAAUGCCACCCCACACCAUGACUGACCCACCGCCAAACCGGUCAUGCUGGAGGAUGUUGCAGGCAGCAGAACGUUCUCCACGGCGUCUCCAGACUCUGUCACGUCUGUCACGUGCUGUGUGAACCUGCUUUCAUCUGUGAAGAGCACAGGGCGCCAGUGGCGAAUUUGCCAAUCUUGGUGUUCUCUGGCAAAUGCCAAACGUCCUGCACGGUGUUGGGCUAUAAGCACAACCCCCACCUGUGGACGUCGGGCCCUCAUACCACCCUCAUGGAGUCUGUUUCUGACCGUUUGAGCAGACACAUGCACAUUUGUGGCCUGCUGGAGGUCAUUUUGCAGGGCUCUGAAAGUGCUCCUCCUUGCACAAAGGCGGAGGUAGCAGUCCUGCUGCUGGGUUGUUGCCCUCCUACGGCCUCCUCCACGUCUCCUGAUGUACUGGCCUGUCUCCUGGUAGCACCUCCAUGCUCUGGACACUACGCUGACAGACACAGCAAACCUUCUUGCCACAGCUCGCAUUGAUGUGCCAUCCUGGAUGAGCUGCACUACCUGAGCCACUUGUGUGGGUUGUAGACUCCGUCUCAUGCUACCACUAGAGUGAAAGCACCGCCAGCAUUCAAAAGUGACCAAAACAUCAGCCAGGAAGCAUAGGAACUGAGAAGUGGUCUGUGGUCACCACCUGCAGAACCAUUUCUUUAUUGGGGGUGUCUUGCUAAUUGCCUAUAAUUUCCACCUGUUGUCUAUUCCAUUUGCACAACAGUAUGUGAAAUGUAUUGUCAAUCAGUGUUGCUUCCUAAGUGGACAGUUUGAUUUCACAGAAGUGUGAUUGACUUGGAGUUACAUUGUGUUGUUUAAGUGUUCCCUUUAUUUUUUUGAGCAGUGUAUUACAAAAACAGAGGGCAGGCAAACGACAGGUCAAGGGCAGGCAGAGGUCAGUAAUCCAUAUCAGAGUCCAAAAGUAUAGAACGGCAGGCAGUCUUAGGGUCAGGGCAGGCAGAGGUUAAUAAUCCAGGGUGGUGUGACAAGGUACAGAACGGCAGGCUCAGGGUCAGGGCAGGCAGAAUGGUCAAAACCGGGAAAACUAGAAAACAGGAACUGGAGAAAGACAGGAGCAAGGGGAAAAACGCUGGUAGACAAACAGAGAACACAGGUAUAAAUACACUGGGGAUAUUGGGGAAGAUGGGCGACACCUGGAGUGGGUGGAGACAAUCACAAAGACAGGUGAAACAGAUCAGGGUGUGACACAAAAUCUGGUAUAUGCUUUGCGUCAUAUACAUUGUCAACUGGUAUCAUUUUCAGUUGAGAACAUACACUGAGUGUAUAAAACAUUAAGAACACCUUCCUAAUAUUGAGUUGUACCCCCUCGCCCUUUUGCCCUCAGAACAGCCUCAAUUCGUCGGGGCAUGGACAAAUACGAGGUGUCAAAAGCGUUCCACAGGGAUGCUGGCCCAUGUUGACUCCAAUGCUUCCCACAGUUGUGUCAAGUUGGCUGGAUGUCCUUUGGGUGGUGGGCUAUUCUUGAUACACACGGGAAACUGUUGAGCGUGUAAAACCCAACAGCGUUGCAGUUCUUGAAGCAAACCGUUGUGCCUGACACCUACUACCAUACCCUGUUCAAAGGCACUUCAAUCUUUUGUCUUGUCCCAUACACCCUCUGAAUGGCACACAUAAACAAUCCAUGUCUCAAGGCUUAAAAAUCCUUCUUUAACCCGUCCCCUCCCCUUUAUCUUCACUGAUUUGAAGUGGAUUUAACAAGUGACAUCAAUAAGGGAUCAUAGCUUUCACCUGCUCAGCCUAUGCUAUGGAAAGAGAAGGUGUCCUUAAUGUUUUGUAUACUCAGUGUAUAGCUCAACAUGUAAACAAUAUGUGAGUUUAGCUAUUCUCUGCUUUAGAUGACAUACAGUGGGGAGAACAAGUAUUUGAUACACUGCCGAUUUUGCAGGUUUUCCUACUUACAAAGCAUGUAGAGGUCUGUAAUUUUUAUCAUAGGUACACUUCAACUGUGAGAGACGGAAUCUAAAACAAAAAUCCAGAAAAUUACAUUGUAUGAUUUUUAAGUAAUUAAUUUGCAUUUUAUUGCAUGACAUAAGUAUUUGAUCACCUACCAACCAGUAAGAAUUCCGGCUCUCACAGACCUGUUAGUUUUUCUUUAAGAAGCCCUCCUGUUCUCCACUCAUUACCUGUAUUAACUGCACCUGUUUGAACUCGUUACCUGUAUAAAAGACACCUGUCCACACACUCAAUCAAACAGACUCCAACCUCUCCACAAUGGCCAAGACCAGAGAGCUGUGUAAGGACAUCAGGGAUAAAAUUGUAGACCUGCACAAGGCUGGGAUGGGCUACAGGACAAUAGGCAAACAGCUUGGUGAGAAGGCAACAACUGUUGGCGCAAUUAUUAGAAAAUGGAAGAAGUUCAAGAUGACGGUCAAUCACCCUCGGUCUGGGGCUCCAUGCAAGAUCUCACCUCGUGGGGCAUCAAUGAUCAUGAGGAAGGUGAGGGAUCAGCCCAGAACUACACGGCAGGACCUGGUCAAUGACCUGAAGAGAGCUGGGACCACAGUCUCAAAGAAAACCAUUAGUAACACACUACGCCGUCAUGGAUUAAAAUCCUGCAGCGCACGCAAGGUCCCCCUGCUCAAGCCAGCGCAUGUCCAGGCCCGUCUGAAGUUUGCCAAUGACCAUCUGGAUGAUCCAGAGAAGGAAUGGGAAAAGGUCAUGUGGUCUGAUGAGACAAAAAUAGAGCUUUUUGGUCUAAACUCCACUCGCCGUGUUUGGAGGAAGAAGAAGGAUGAGUACAACCCCAAGAACACCAUCCCAACAGUGAAGCAUGGAGGUGGAAACAUAAUUAUUUGGGGAUGCUUUUCUGCAAAGGGGACAGGACGACUGCACCGUAUUGAGGGGAGGAUGGAUGGGGCCAUGUAUCGCGAGAUCUUGGCCAACAACCUCCUUCCCUCAGUAAGAGCAUUGAAGAUGGGUCGUGGCUGGGUCUUCCAGCAUGACAACGACCCGAAACACACAGCCAGGGCAACUAAGGAGUGGCUCCGUAAGAAGCAUCUCAAGGUCCUGGAGUGGCCUAGCCAGUCUCCAGACCUGAUCCCAAUAGAAAAUCUUUGGAGGGAGCUGAAAGUCCGUAUUGCCCAGCGACAGCCCCGAAACCUGAAGGAUCUGGAGAAGGUCUGUAUGCAGGAGUGGGCCAAAAUCCCUGCUGCAGUGUGUGCAAACCUGGUCAAGACCUACAGGAAACGUAUGAUCUCUGUAAUUGCAAACAAAGGUUGCUGUACCAAAUAUUAAGUUAUGCUUUUUUGAUGUAUCAAAUACCUAUGUCAUGCAAUAAAAUGCAAAUUAAUUACAUAAAAAUCAUACAAUGUGAUUUUUUGGAUUUUUGUUUUAGAUUCCGUCUCUCACAGUUGAGGUGUACCUAUGAUAAAUAUUACAGACCUCUACAUGCUUUGUAAGUAGGAAAACCUGCAAAAUCGGCAGUGUAUCAAAUACUUGUUCUCCCCACCUGUAUGCUGAGCACUUGUUGGCUGCUUUUCCUUCACUCUGCGGUCCGACUCAUCCCAAACCAUCUCAAUUGGGUUGAAGUCGGGGGAUUGUGGAGGCCAGGUCAUCUAAUGCAGCACUCCAUCACUCUCCUUCUUGGUAAAAUAGCCCUUACACAGCCUGGAGGUGUGUUGUGUCAUGUCCUGUUGAAAAACAAAUGAUAGUCCCACUAAGCCCAAACCAGAUGGGAUGGCAUAUCACUGCAGAAUGCUGUGGUAGCCAUGCUGGUUAAGUGUGCCUUGAAUAAAUCACAGACAGUGUCACCAGCAAAGCACCAUCACACCUCCUCCUCCAUGCUUUACAGUGGGAAAUACUUAUGCAGAGAUCGUCCGUUCACCUACUCUGCGUCUCACAAAGACACGGCGGUUGGAACCAGAAAUCUCACAUUUGGACUCAUCAGACCAAAGGGACACAUUUCCACCGGUCUAAUGUCCAUUGCUCAUGUUUCUUGGUCCAAGCAACUCUCUUCUUCUUAUUGGUGUCCUUUAGUAGUGGUUUCUUUGCAGCAAUUUGACCAUGAAGGCAUGAUUCACACGGUCUCCUCUGAACAGUUGAUGUUGAGAUGUGUCUGUUACUUGAACACUGAAGCAUUUAUUUGGGCUGCAAUUUCUGAGGCUGGUAACUCUAAUGAACAUAUCCUCUGCAGCAGAGGUAACUCUGGGUCUUCUAUUCCUGUGGUGGUCCUCAUGAGAGCCAGUUUCAUCAUAGCGCUUGAUGGUUUUUGCGACUGCACUUGAAGAAACUUUCAAAGUUCUUGUCAUUUUCCGUAUUGACUGAUCUUGAUGUCUUAAAGUAAUAAUUCUAUUCAAUCGUUUCUAUUUGCUUAUUUGAGCUGUUCUUGCCAUAAUAUGGACUUGGAUUUCAGCUAAUGGACUUGGAUUUCAGCUAAUAGAAAUGUGGGUACAUUUGUGGACAACAUUCUAACUUACUCAACCUUUAAAUUAAGUUCUAUUUGAUUUAAUAUAAAAAAUUUUGGCAUAGAGCCCUUACACACAAUAGCCCAGGAUUACGACAGCGUUGCAAAUAUCCUUGUUUUUCUCUUUUAUUAUUUUUUAGGCCUCUCCUCUGUUUACCUUGCUCAUUUAGAGUGCCUUGAUAAUUCUUCUUCUUUUUCAGUGUGAAGUCAUGCUUCCAGAACAUGGACAUAUGCAAGCGCAGGGUCAGCGCUUUCGAGAGUGGAAAGAAUCUGUUUUCUAGCAACAACACCCCCAGUGCAGCUACAAACCUCACUGUUACAUUUAGCAGCCAGCUCAACCAGCACAACCAGGUGAGAAGCUAAUACCUUGUAUUGUCAGACUUUCUCAGGAUGUCCUUUCAGCGCGUAAAUAAAGUGUGACAUUUCACAACACAUAGUGAUGAAUGGUUGGUUAUGUCAUGUUAUCCCCACCAUGUCAGAUGGCGUCCACCGGUGGCCAGUCACUGUCAGUGAGCAGCAACGUCCCUCUGCUGAACUACCAGCCGGGCCUGUACCAGCAGGCUACUAUCAACAUCCCAGGUCUCCCCCAGCAGAGUGUCCCUCUGCAGACCAGACCCACCCAGCUGUGUGGCCAGGCUGAGCCCUUCCAGCAGACUCUCAUCGUCUGCCCACCCACCAUCCAGGGUGAGCCGAGCAGAGAAGGAACUGUAUGGAGCAGGGUUACAGUGUUAUAACAAUAGUUUGUUUGCCUCUCUUGCUGCACUUGUAUGAAGACCAAAUUCAUGUCGCAGCUAAGUAAAUCUGUUGUAAUGUGGGAGAUAACUUUCAGUAAUUCAUGUUGCUGUAGACUUAUGUGAUGUAUUAACACAGGAUGAUCUGAACUUCAUAAUGUUGAUGUUGCCCAAUUGUCCUAAGUUAGCUGUAAUGUCUGUAAUCUGCUUCUGCAAAGCUGUAUAUUCAUUACAUUAACUAAUCUACCUCCUUCAUUUCUUCGUAGGCCUCCAGACGUCCAGUAAACACUCUGGGUUCCCAGUGAGGAUGGAUAACUCUGUUCCCAUGGUGCCCCAGAACCAGUCCACUCAGCCUCUACAUCUCCAGCCUGGAAUGCUCACACAGGUACAGUAAGACUAAGUGCUGCAUGACCACCAACCCACAACCUGACACCAUGUUUGGAAUCCAAUGAAUAACUUGGGUGUAUCUCACCAGAAUAAAGACAGGAUUCUUCACAACGUGUUAAACCUGUUUAACGUCCUCUCCUUUCUUUGGGAAUCAAUCUCAGACUCUGGUGAAAGGAUGUGGCGAUCAGGUCUGUCCCCCCUGGCUAGUUAUCUAACCCCUACACCCCUCCCUCAAACCUCCUCCCCACCAGGCCUCCUGCAAUCCAUUGAUGGUAGCCACUCUGCACGCCCCUGUGGCAGGAAUGGCCCCUCUGUAUUCGCUGCCCCUGGGCUGUGGGGCUGGAAGGCCUGGCCUGCUGGAUCAGAGCCCCACCAUGCUGGUAAAGCACCAACACCACUCCUGCUACCCCCUGUUGCCCCUGUCUCCCCUGUACCCCUUUCUCCCCCUGACACAUUUCAGGGGUGUGCAGAGCAUGGGACGCAUGUGCUGCUGCUUACUAUAGUCUGCGCUUUUGCUUGCAGCGUCUCAUCUCUCCCUUUCUCUUCCCCUUCCAUUAUGAUACAGGGACAGCUGAUGUUUCCGGAAGUCUUGCUGUAAAUUUGCCCUUCAUCACUGCAACCUUGGGAACCUGCUGUUGAUUCAAAGUAUUAAUGCCGUUGCUUUGUCUUGGAAUUGUGCAGCAGGCACGAGAAAUGCCAGCUUCGAUGCUGCCCCUUGAUUAUCUGUUAUGUUUCUCUUAACAUAUUCCUCUGAGUUCCAGGUCUUAAACCAGUGUUUGAAUGGACCUUCUCAGUUCUACAGGACUACCUUCCAGGGCAUGUCUGCUUGGCUUGAGAGCAUGAACUGUUUUCUCUUCCUGCCAGUUGGAGUUCCCGUUUUAAUGGUGUUUUGAUUUCAAUCCUAUUUCCCUCCUCAGCAGUAACUAUUGUUCAGGUUAUGCUUUGGAAGUCCGAGGAACAGAGACCAGUCAUUGGAUGUUUUUUUUUCUUCUUCUUCAUUGUAUCUUUCUCUUCUGAAUUUGAGCUUGACUCAGUGGGGGCAUGCUGGAUGCCUAUAUCUUUUCAUGUGUGACAGUAGGAGACACCGAAUCAUGUCUGUCUACAAACUGCAUGUGCUCGUCAUGCACCUGCAUUCUGUGGUGGUCUGACUGUCAUACAAACAUUUAGCACAGCGUUUUUCUAUUUCCCUUAAAACAGACUGUUCAACAGUGUCUGUUUUUGUUUUUGUCUGUGCAUGUGUGUGUACAGCAGGGCUGGCCAGCAGGGACCCAGCAGAUCCUCAUCCCCUCCACAUGGCAGCAGAUGCCAGGCAUGGCCCUUCACAACCCCAGCCAGAACCAGACACUGGUCCCUGACUCUCCCAUGGGAGCCCCCCUCUCUGGGGGAGACCGCUCAGGACAACAGGCCUCACAUCGGAGGUGAGUCCUGCAGUGCUGUCCCUCUGGGCUCAGUCACUAAGGCCAUAUCACUGACCAAACAGCAGAAAGUUAGAGGAAUCAGAGGAAGCCCAUUUUAUAUUUAUGCUAUUUUCUUGUAUCUAGGUUACAGUAUGUGGAGACAUUAGUUGGUUCAAAUAAUAACUGCCCACUUAUGCCAUUGUGUUGUACUGAUUCCAAUAUGCUAGGAAAGCUAAUUACAACUUGUUGUGAUGCCAGGGGUCGUCAUGGCAGCCAUUACGAUGGCAUCACGCAGCAGGACCUUGCACUGGGGCGUCAAGCACCCACGGCCCCCUCCCAAGCAAGAUCCCAGCAGGGGAAAAGGUCUAAGGCUCGACAUACCGACAGUAGGGCCAGGUAACUUUCAAACCAAUGGCCAUGUCCCAAAAUACACACUUUAUUCAUUCAUACACUUGUAUACUGUAUGGUUCCCUUCCUCACCAUGUAUGUGAUUUAUUUGAAUCCGUGAGAGCUUUAUGAUUGACCACUUUCAAAUCAAAGCAAACUUUUUUUUAAAGUACAUUGAAACUCAGUAUGCUUUACAUUAAAAAGGAGUGUUGCCCCUUUGCAGGCCUGUGUUGUCGCUGGAGCCAGCUGCCUCUGUGGUCUACAAUACCCCUCUGCCUGCCUUCAGUAGUGAUCCAAUCGUCAUCUCCGAUACUCCCAGCCCUGCUGCCAGCAUUAUCACCAUCCACAGUGACACAGAGGACGAGGAUGACAGGAAGUUCCCUGCUGCCAGGUGAGGUCACAUCCUGUGUAUUCUCAUGAAAGCACCUAAUGUGUGAAUUCAUGAGAGAGACUGCUGUUUUAUUGAGUAGCUGAAACCAGCACUGUGGAUGACCCUGGCUUUCAACCCCUUGUCUUGUGUCUCUCAAGGGGUUGGGUUGAACGCAAAAUAUGAAUAUCUGUGUUCUGAAAUGAAAAUGUGAGUGUUCUUUCUCUUUUCCGUCACAGCUCUGGUGCUAACCAGCGGGCCAAUGUGAUCAGCUGUGUGACGGUCCACGACUCGCAUGACUCUGACUCGUCCAUCAGCAGUCCCCUGAGCCCCAAGCACCUUGCCACCAACUCCUCCUCGUCCCAGACCACCUCCAAGUCCCUGGCCAUCAUCCUGCCCUCAGUGAAGAGUCAGCCUGGGGAGAGCGGGGCCCACAAAUCAGGUUAGCACACACCUCCAGGCUAGUGUUUCCCCUACCAUUGUAAAGGUGGGGCGGCCUCUAGCUUUGUUGUUUUGGGAACUUUUGUGCAUCACCUGCAACUUCUCACACUAAACUAUUCUCUCAGCACUAAGUAUGUGGUAUUUGUUUCUCAGAUCAACAUGCUAAUGUCUCUGGUAAGUCCAAGAAGGGGACAGCUCAGCAGUCCAGCAGGGCAGGAGGGGCCACAACUAGCAGAUCUCAACCUCUCAACCUGAGUCAGGUAUAAAGCAAUAUGGUUGACCUCAGUUGUCAUGUCUUAUUGUUUUUGUUUAUCCUCUUUUUAUUUCAAGUUUAGUCUCGGAGGCAGAAAGUAUCUAAAUGCGAGUAGCAUAAUACAAUGUGCCAUUAUAUUCCUCCCCAGGUACAGCAGUCUGUGAUGUCAUCGUCACAAGACAGAACAGGAGGCAACAGCAGCUCCUUGCGUCGUCAGCCCACCUACCCUCCUCCAGUCUCCUCCCACUCCUACCGCCUGCAAGAAGCUGCCUCCAUCUUCACCUCUACCCCUAACUUGUACGCCUAUCCUGCCUCUGCCGCCCUGGCCUCUGUCUCCCAGGCCGUGGACCAGCUCCAAGCCGGGGGCUCUUCUCGACACACCCGGCCCAGCGGGCCCUACUCCUCCCUGGGGCUCCUUCAUGCCCAGGGACAGUACCACCACCAGCAGCUGGCGGCCCAGCCUUACCCCGUCCCCCGGUCCAGCGCAGCAGCCUACCAGCUCAGCCAGAGGAAGCUCAGUCAGUACCCCUACCUG